UCCCUAUAAAAUCGACGCGUUCGUACGGAUGCGAAUUUCAUUUGAAAGCAUCAUCUUCCUCUCUCAGCCCCUCUGCCCGCAUUGGCCACCGGGAAAACACCAGACGGUUACAGCCUUUGGCGGCGGCUUGGCCUCGCUCCACCCAUCCAUCACCGCGCGCUUACACGAUGCUCCAACCCCAGCUCCUCGGACCCCCGCGCCUCUCCCUCGCCGACCCUGUCUCCACCGCCAUCAGCUGCAACUGUGGCGCCGCCCACGGCGGCGGCCGCCGCCGCCGCGCGAAGCCCAAGCCAAUCGCAUUCCCGCCGAAGCCCGUGCGCCGCCUCGUUUCCACCUCCCUCCGCCGCCUUCUUCCCCGCCCGCGCCCCCUCACUAUCGUGCUCCCCGGCGGCGGCGGCGGCGGCGGGUGGUUCAGGUUGGGUAGGAGGAGGAAGACGCCGGCCGAGGACCUCGCGGUGGUUGCGCUCUCCCUGGCGCUAGGCGGCGACAGGCUCGCGGCGCUAGCGGAGGCCUGGAACGCGUCCGGCCUGGGCCAGGCACUCGGCGUCUGGGCCGCGGUGAUGGGGAGGGGGCGGAGGACGCGACGCGGCGGGCUCCGGCGGCUCGCUACGUUCCUGCUCGGGGUCGCGUUCUGCGCGCUCGUCUGCCACCUGAGGGGCGCGUCGCUCUUGGACGGGCUCCAGAAGUCCGGCGGCGGCCGGAAGUUGGUUCGCAUUUUUCUGCAUUGAUGAAUUUCUUAAGUUCCUGUUCGUCUGCGUGAGAUUCGUUUCAAUUUUCAACCAGUUGGAAUCGGGCGUCAAGAGUUUUGGACUCUUUUAUGCCGAUUUUGAUGGAUGAGGCUUCUCUAACGUGGUCCCUGGUCACCAAAGUUAAAUGCUGAAUUGUUGAUAAACAGAUGCCGAUUUUGAGAUAUGUUGAAUUGUUGAUGCGAUUUGAUAGUUCUGAUUUCACUUGUGAUUCUUGUUUUCCAUCGGCUACAACAGAUUUGUAGUUUGUUCUUAGGGGGCAGAACUUGUAUAAUUGCACUGAAUGACAGUGUAAGACGGAAACUAAAUUUGAGCUUCUGUUCUCGGCAAGAUGAUGCAUCAUUCUGAUU